GCAGCUUUGUGUGCACAUCACGCGUGGAGAGGACUGCGGGGAAUGAGGAUGACAGCGGACAGCGACGCUUAUAAAUAAAGCGCCCACAGCUGCACGGACUGGUACCGAGUGUGUGUGUGCGUGUGUCGGACUUUGCUUAAUAUUCCAGCGGGGAGCUGCCGCAGCCCAUCACUGUACAGCAGGCAACACAGGACGAGUCCUUUCUUGCGUUCCUUUGUGUUCGAGCGUUGAAUUACAGUGUAAUUUUACCGCAGAGGGGAGAGAAAACCGGUCGGAGGAGGUGAACGGGUUCGGGCCUCGGUUGGAGGAGGUGGAGUGAAGUAGCAGUCCGCACACACACACACACACAAACACCGGCUGCUGCUGCGCCUGCCAGGACCUCAAUGUAGGGAAAUGACCGCGAGUGACCUCAAAGGAAACACUGUAUUUUAGCGCUGCUCGCGUUUUUAUUUUACACUACAUUAAAGCAAGAAUGGAUGUUGAAUUUUAGCUAGACAUUUUUACGGUAAAAUCACGUCAUAUCACGGGAAAGAGUAACGUUAGCUAAUCGCUCGGCUGUCUCACUAGCUUGCAAGCGGCUAACAUUAGCUAGCUAAGCUACAGCAGCCCGGUUUGUCAUUGCUAGCGGCCGGGCUUGUACAUUUUGUUUCCCGCAGAUGCUAAGCUAAGCUAGGCUAGGCUCGGCUAGCUAUUGCCAUGGAUAAAGCAAAGUCAAUGAUGGACAAGAAAGGAGCGUCGGGACCCUUUCAUGUCAACAACGGGCAGAACCAGAGGGGGUUUCACGGCCACGUCGUUGUGGCUGCUAACGGCAGUUGCUGCAGCGGCAAUGCGUUCGGCUCGAGCGCCGGACCCAACUGCAGCAGCACGUUUGAGAACAUGCAUCAUCUGCACCGCAGCGACGAUGCAGAGUGCAACGGGUCCCCGGCCAAGAGGUGCAGGCUGCGGAGGAGGACGGAGUCGGUGAGACGGAACAGACCCCCCUUCCCCUGGUUUGGUAUGGACAUCGGUGGCACCUUGGUGAAGCUGGUGUACUUUGAGCCAGUCGAUAUAACUGCAGAGGAAGAGCAGGAGGAAGUGGAAAAUCUCAAGUCCAUCCGUCGCUACCUCACCUCAAAUGUGGCCUACGGUAAAACAGGCGUCCGUGACGUCCACCUGGAACUGAGGAACCUGACCAUGUGCGGCAGGACGGGGAACCUGCACUUCAUCCGCUUCCCAACACAGGCCAUGCCCCGUUUUAUUCAGAUGGGACGCGACAAGAACUUCUCCAGCCUGCACACGACACUCUGCGCCACCGGGGGCGGGGCGUACAAGUUCGAGAACGACUUCCGAACGAUGGCCGACCUGGAGCUGCUGAAGCUGGACGAGCUGGACUGCCUGAUCCGUGGCCUACUGUUCGUCGACCGGGUGAGCUUCAACGGACACCCAGAGGGCUACUACUUCCAGAACCCGUCAGACACCCAGAGCUGCGUGAAGAAACCCUGCACCCUGGACAACCCCUUCCCCAUGCUGCUGGUCAACAUCGGCUCCGGGGUCUCCAUACUGGCCGUGUACUCAGAGAACAAUUACAAACGGGUGACUGGGACCAGUCUGGGAGGAGGUACGUUCCUGGGCCUUUGCUGUCUGCUGACGGGCUGCGAGACGUUCGAGGAGGCGCUGGAAAUGGCCAGCAAGGGAGACUCCACCAACGUGGACAAACUGGUGAAAGACAUCUACGGAGGAGACUACGAGCGUUUUGGCCUGCAGGGCUCUGCUGUCGCAUCUAGUUUUGGUCACAUGAUGAGCAAAGACAAGCGAGACAGCAUCAGUAAGGAAGACCUGGCCAGGGCCACGCUGGUCACCAUCACUAAUAAUAUAGGAUCCAUAGCACGGAUGUGUGCUGUUAAUGAGAAAAUCGAGCGUGUGGUGUUCGUGGGGAACUUCCUUCGUAUCAACACAGUGUCCACAAAGCUGCUGGCCUAUGCCAUGGACUUUUGGUCUAAAGGACAAUUAAGAGCCCUCUUCCUGGAACAUGAGGGUUAUUUUGGAGCUGUGGGGGCGCUGAUGGAGCUUCUCAAGACAACAGAGGACCCGUGAAGGAAACUGUGUGACAUCAUCAACCCUCGACAAGUCGAUGUCAUCUUUCCCUGGACGCUGUGAUGUCAUCAACUCUCGAUGCUGUGACGUCAUCAACUUUUGACGCUGCUGAAAGGUCCUGUUCACAGAGGCCGAGAAAGGAACACUAAGAGAGAGACACAGAAACUGAGAAAAGCCAUUUUAAUAAUUUAACACUUGUAAAUAAUGAUAACCUCUAAUAUCCAUCUCCUAAAUUUCCCAAACAGAGUCCCCCUAUCAUAGAGGUUUUAAUAUUGUAAUCUUUAAUUUAUGGUUUCCUGUAAUCAGCUCUGUUGGUUCCUGUCAUCAGUCUUGUGUCAGGAAGCACAGACAGAGUAUUUUAGUGUUUUUUGUUACUGUGUGUGUGUGUGUGUGUGCGUGUGUGUGUGUGUUAGUGUGAAUAGCUACUGUAGCAUUACGCCCCAGAAGCUGUGGUGCCCCGGGUGACUAUUUGUGCAACAGUUCUUUAAGAUACGACGUCUGCACAGAAAUUAAGCUACUCUUGAAUGAGUAAUUGGGCAUUUUUACCACAGAAGACUCGCAGAAAUUUCUCUUCCACGACCACAGAAACAUCAUUUGACCACCAAUGCCUCCUGCCUCCUUUUGUCAGAGUGCAGACGGACAGCUGUGGCUGAACACUUCAGUAAUGUCGACCUCUGGUUGUUACUGAUGCUGUAAAACAAUCAAGACUGCAGCUAGUGGUCAUCCCACUCCAAACUGCAGUUGUGCAGCAGCAGUUGUGGCAGUAGCUAAGGGUAGGGAGCCAUUUUGUUGCUGCCUGUUUUUUUUUGUUUGUUUUUUUUGCACAAAAAGUUGCCCAGCUCGCUACAGUCUUCUGAGGAGUGCACUGAAGCCAAAUCCUGUUGAGAUUCGUACGACAUCUGCCUCCUUCAGUUCAGAUGGGAAGCAGAAAAACGGUCUUUAAUUCUUUCUGUUGCUCCACUGCACAUGGCCUUCGCUUUUUGUUUGUCUCUCCUCCAACUACCUUCAUGCAAACAACAUUAACAACACCGUAUUGCCACGCAUGCAUACUGCUCCUAACCUGCUGAGUUUAGUGUUAGACAACGGGACCAAGACAUUGUCUUCCAAGUGAUAGUGCUACGGCUGUGUCUGCAUUGUUGAUGUCUGUAGACUGGCAUCGCCACAAUUACAGUUCAGGACCCAGUCUGGCUCAGCAACACAUGUUUAUGUUCUGUUUUCUUUUUUUAUCUUUGUUGGGAAUCAUAUUUUCUUUUUCUAUUUCCCUCCCCCAUCUGUAAGUGUCUAGUUCAAGGACACUUCAGCUGGAGGGGGCCUGAUUCCUCCACCCUCUACCUUCUCUGCCACCCUGCUGCCUUGUUUGGGUGUUGCAUUGUGAUGUAAUGAGGCAUUCAGGCUGAGUUAAUGCAAUGCUAACGCUCCAUGUAAAUCCUGGCGUAAAAAAAAAGCUUCAGCACCCCCGGCUCUUGAUGCAGAUGCAGAAGGAUGUUAUCACCUUCUGGGAGACAGUGGGGACCAAGAUGCUUUUUAGCCCAGAGUCUCCCCUCAUGUAAAAUACACUGAUGCAAAUUUGCUAGCAGCAGAAGCAACUCAACCACUGUAUAUUAGACUGUUUUUACUGUUUAAUAAUGCAGAUAUUGGCCACUAGAGUUGAUGAAGUUCUGCCCGGAAGGUGAAAUUUAAAAACAGUGAGAAAAACUCCCUUUCAGCGAACCUUUAAAACCCGGGGUACAGCACAUGUCCAAGUCCAGAUUGCUUGAGUUUCAAGGGCAAAUGGCAGAAUUGAUCAGAAACCACACUAAUGCAAACCAAGUUGUGGCACAAGCAAGACUUAAAAAAUAGCUCUUAGCAAAGAAAUCGCCUCAUGUAUGUCAACAACAAGUCAGGGCAGCCUUGUGUGGGGAACUUGCCUGUUUUAUCCUGAUCUGAGUCCAUAUCCACACUCGCACAUGCACUUUAGUAGAGACUUAAGUGUUUAAAUUGUGCAUUUACUGAAUACUUGAAAAUGCUAGUGUGCAUCUGCCAGUGUGGAGCUUUCAGACUUUUAGUGAAGCCAUGACCUGAGAUGCUAGGAUGGAAAACCCUCUUACUUGCUUGAGUUGCCUGUAAUGAUAGUCUGAGUGGAGAAAGUCUUUUCGGAAGAAUAUUACCUGAUGUGGAAUAAUGUAAAUUAAAUGCACACCUUACUUUAUACUAUAGGCAGGUUUUGCUAUAUGCAUGAGAAUGACAGCUGUAAAAUGGCUUCAUCAUCAGUGAGCUUUGAGUCACCAACAGUGACUUAUUAUAGAGAAUUAUUAGAUAAUAGCUGUUUUGAAGACACAUGGACCACAAGUGUAUAGUUUCCUGUAACAUCACGAUAACCUCCCCCCCCCCGAUAACCUACAGCCUUUCAUCUCUGUUUAUUGUCAAGCAGCUGAACUAUAAAGCUGGACAGUACAGUUUCCACUGUCCACCGCUUUAUUUAUAUAUUACCACUAUCUACAUGCCUUUACUCUCCGUGCAGAGAAACUGUGCUCUUUCCCUUUUUGGAAUCAGUCUUUGUGAAAUUCAGCGUCAUCCCUCAGUUUUUGUACUCAAGACGAUUUCUUGUUAAAUACCUCCAAACCAUCACUACCAACACCUCUGGGUCGGUUAGUUUUCUGUGUUUCUGAGCCUGUGUUUCUUAUACAAGUGUUAGUUCAGAACUGGGGAUUCUCUUGACAGGACCUUGUGAUUUAUUGAUCUCACCUAACAGUAUAAUAAUGAAGGUGAAAUCCUGAUUAUUUUUCUGGACAUUAUGACAUGUUAUUGGCUAAAUAAGCUGAUUGCGGUUAUCUCUGCUUCACCAUCUAACAUACGCACAGACUACACUUUGACCCCGACUAAUAACAUGUUUGCCGCUGUGCAGUUCUGUUUUGUUUUUAGUUCAGUCGUAAAAAAACUGCCACUUUGUUCUUAGGUACUUGUUAUUUCAAGUUGAUUUUCUUUUUUUUUUUUGUCCACAGCAACUCUCCACACACUAACAUUUAAAAAGCUCUGCUGUGAAACUGAAUAUGCACCAUUUGAAGAAAUUAUAUUUGCAAAUUAUAGAUUGAACAGAAUCAAAAAACAUUAGGGUCUUUUUUAACAGAAAAAUCACAUUUAACAGAGUUGAUUCUCUGUUCAUACAAACUGAUUGUAGAAAACAUUUUUUGUCUACCAUUGGAUGUAUUGGCUUAAAUAAUUCAAAUGUCAAACUGUGGUGAUAUUUGUAUAGCAGUAUUUUGGAGGAAGAUUUCGCAACCAUUUCCUCUGACAACAUUUAAUCAUCAUGUUUCCAUCCUACUUGUUUUCAGACGUGAUGAUGCUGCAGAUGUUCAAACAGAUGCUUCCUGGUCUGUUUUUUGUUUUCUCCCUUAUAUGCCUUGUUCCAACUCAUGUUUGGAUGAUAUUGGUGGCCUCGACCUGUCAGGUCAGCUUUAACAUCAGGCGAAUGUCGGUUAUCUCGUGCCACCGUUUCUUUUAAUCUGAAAACCCCAGUCUGUUGCCUUCACUGUGUGUUACCUUGGUUACACCGUGUUUGUGCCCUUCACUUUCUUCAGUGUGAUUUAAUUUCAGUUUCUUACCUGCUGUACUUUACCUCAACGUUUUUGUAAUGUUGCGCAUGCAAGAUACGUUUUUAUGGUCGGGUUUCACUCUUGCUUUUUUUUUUUUUUUUUUUUUUCUUUUUGUUUAUUCUUGUUUGUUUUGUUUUCUGAAAUUGUACUGUGCCAGAAGAUUCAGUGCAGUUAACAUAUAUUCACAGUUUGAACAUCAGUGUUUGGAUUCACCUGCGAGUCCUAAAUGUGUCUUAGUAAAAAAAAAAAAGAAAAAAAGAAAAAAAAACAACAUUAACUUCCACUAUAACUGCAAAGGCUUUGGUUCUAAAAUUUGAGGUUUUUGGUAAAACAACACUCUUUAAAUAUCCUAACUCAUUACUAAUGUGAACUCAAAUUUUACAACCUUUUUUUUCAUUGUUUUAUUAUAACAAUAAUGACAAUAAUGUGAGUUAAUGUGUUUUUCCCAUGUAUUUUUCCUAUGAUUUGAAAAUACUGUUGUACUUUUUGGUUGUUUUUGAUUGGCACAAAAGAACCAGUUCUCAAAAAUGCAAAUCGUGCUCCAUCAGCCUGAGGAAACGUUUCCAGACAUGUUGUGAUUUGUAGCACUUACAAAAGUCUAACUGUGAGCUGUACCUUUUUUUAAAUUCAUUUCAUCACUAUCCUGCGGAACCCUUUCUCUCAAAACAGGUAAACACCAAAGUAGAAGAAGCAUUUAUUUAUGGAGGCCGGUGGUUUGAACAUUUUACAGUCUGCUGGUUAUCAUUUGGCUCAGUCUUUUAUUAGGAACAGAUAAUUAAAGACAUACAACAUUUUGAAAUGAUUAACGAUUUCUGCAGAAUGUAGAUGACAUGUUUUUAAGUGUACCUGCGUAUUCCUAGUGAUGGUAUAAUUACAAGUUAUAACAUCAUUUUCAUACUCAGCUCGUCUAAAACUGUUCUGAGCCGGUAAUAAUUGUACUAAUGUGCUGCUGCAGCUUCUGUGCUUCAGAUUCCUAAAAGCAAAUCAACAAUACUGUCUGGAAUCUGAAUUCUUCACAUAAACUGUAUUAACUUUUAUUCAAACAGUGUCACAUCUUGCACUGUAGCUGACAUUUUCCUCAACUAUUUAAAGUGUUUCAAACAUUUUCUUUAACUUCACCACACAUACAGUAUGACGCAAGAAUUCAUUCAUUUAAAGCAAAUCAGCUCUUGAGCAGUGAUUUUUUUUUUUUUUUCUCCUGUUAUCAUGAGUCAACAAUGUUGAUGUUUGUCUGCUUUGAUAACGGUGUGAUUUUAGAGUUUGGGCUUUGAACCUCAGUGACCCUUUGUCUGGGGUUCAUUUCCCAAUGGGACCAUCUGUACUCGGAUCAGUGUGUAUUUCUCUGUAUUGUAAGGAGCUUCAGUUUAAAGCGUCCACCGAACGGCAAAUGUUACAUCAUCCGUAGUGAAAUCUAAACAAAAGGCUAUGCAGCAACACAUCCAACAAACUCUUUGUCCCUUUCAACAAACUCACCUCUUCUCUGAACCUACCACAGUUGAUUUGACUUGUUUGUAAAUGUUUAAAAAGAAAAAAAAAGUAUAUAUAUGUGUAUGUAUACAUAUAUAUAUAUAUGUAUACACACACAACCCUGUUAGUUUUCCCCUCUGAGAAAUCCUGUUUGAAUCUUGACAGAGAGAGUUUCUCCUCCUGAUGUUUCUGUCCUGCUGAUUUAGUUGUUAACACUAUUUAAGGUGGAUGCUCGCAACAGGAUGUUGUAGACUGAAUUAUGCACCACAUUGAAGGUGUGAUUUUUCAGUGUCAGUUGUGACAUUGUAAGUAAGGUCGUUGUCACAUACCCACAGUUAUUUUUGAAUGAUACUGUUAUGGCGAAUCUUCGUCUUAUCUAAACUGUGCAUCUUGUUGGAUGAACGACCCUGGCUGAAUUUGUUUAAAGUUAAGUCUCACCUUUGUUUACAUCAGUGUGUAAAAGAAGUACUUCAAAUCGGCUGGGGCUUAUCUUCUAACAGUGUGUUACUUCAGGGUAGAUACCAAACUGUAAACACCUUGUUGCUGUCAAACCUCUUGUUGCUUACUAGCCACAGAGUUCUUUGUGACCCUCUGACCUUUUGCUGGUCUAAUAUUUUUCACCCCACUUUGCUAAACCUUUCAGGAUUUCCUCAGAGGUUCUUAAUCUGGUCGGACAUCCUGUUGCGUGAACACAUCCAGCCUUUAAACUGUCUUCUGGAAUGCUUGACUGGCAGGACAGACCUUUUCACCCUUGUGUAUUUGAUUGUACAGAGAUUUUGUAAAUAAUAUUAAUAUGAUAUAUUCUACACCAGCAAUCUGUCUGUUGAUAAAGUUAUUUCAGCCGUUCAGGGCCAGGUUUCCCAAACAGGAUGUGGCACUCCAUUUACAAUCCCAAAGCAGACAGAAGACACAUCGAGACAAACCACUUUCCUCUGCAGCUUUAUCACCUUUACCGACAACUUUACCAGAGCUGUUUUAAAUAGUAUUAGCAAACACUUUUAGGAGUCUGUUAACCUGCUUGUGCUAUAUGAUUGAUGGGAUUUUCCUCACUAGGACUAGAUACAUUUCUAUGUGUUUUUUGUGAUUGCCUAACUUUAGCAGUCAUUGUAAGCUCAUGUUAUAUCCACCUGAUAAUUUUUUUACAUUCAUUGUCACAUAAAUAUAAUUUUAAUUUGACUUAAAAAAAAAAAAAAAAAACAACCUGAAUAAUCAUACAUAUUCUGAAUGGUGAUUGAGAACUGAAUUAGGUCUUUUUUUUUUAAGGAGGAAUGUGGUAUGUUGAAUUAGAUGUUUUCUCUUCACUUUGAAGUGUUUAACUAAUUUUAAUGCUCUUGGUGGCCACAGCCCAGAUGCCUGUUUUCUGUCUGCUGGAUUUCAGUGCCGCUUGUUCACGUCAGCUCCUCUGUGUUCUGGAUCUGGGCGUGAAAGUGUUGGGAAGCCAAGCUGGUUGUUGGCGUCAGUUCUGCUGCUGCUUUUAACUCUGGUUUGAAAAAAGAAAGGGUUAAAAAGAGAGAAAAAAAAAAGACGAUUAAAAAAAAGGCUCCCUGCCUUGUGCAAUGUGUAUGUACUGAAGUGAAGAGAUUUUUUUUUUUUCUAAAAAGGAAUUAAACUAAAACUGGAUGAA